CGACGACGAGCACGACGACGGCGAUCUUCUUGCACUCGUUCACUGCACUAUUCUGCUUGCCUGCUUGCACCAUGUCAUCAGGAUCAACGAACCCGACGCGCCCCAUCGUCUUUAUGGAUAUCAAUAUCGGAGAAACGCCUGCAGGUCGUCUGAAGAUGGAGCUAUUCAGUGACAUCGUACCCAAAACCGCUGAGAACUUCCGGCAACUGUGCACGGGAGAGUAUAGGGUGAACUCGAGACCACAAGGCUACAAAGGGGCAACAUUCCAUCGGUGCGUUGUACCAAAUUUCAUGUGUCAAGGCGGCGAUUUCAUCAAAGGCGAUGGCACUGGCUCGUUUUCAAUAUACGGUGACAAGUUCCCCGAUGAGAACUUCAAAGAGAAGCACACAGGUCCCGCAUUACUAUCCAUGGCGAAUUCUGGGCCGAACACGAAUGGAUGCCAGUUCUUCAUUACUACGGCGAAGUGUGACUUCCUCGACGGGAAGCACGUCGUCUUCGGCCGGGUUAUAGACGGCAUGUUGACCCUCCGCAAGAUUGAGAAUGUCCCCACCGGUCCUAACAAUAGGCCGAAGCUUGCGGUGAAGAUAGUCGAAUGUGGCGAGAUGUAAUGUCAUAUGCAUGAGGUCGAGCUGUAGCCCUAAUUUUGACAUUGAUUCGGCAUUGCCAUGUAAUUAUGUCAUGC